AUGUCCGAGAUUCCCAAUCCUUUUCGAAUUGCCAUCAUAGGCGGUGGAAUUGGUGGCCUCUUCUCAGCUCUUUCGCUGAAUUGGCACUGCAAAAAUCAUGUUCAAAUAUCAGCCUACGAGCAAGCUUCAGAGUACAAGGAGAUUGGUGCAGGUGUGGGAAUUGGAGUCAAUGCUGCAAAGUUACUGUAUAAAAUUGGACUGGGAGAACGCCUGAGCGGGAUAUCAGGGAAUACGGAAGGAUUCUGGAUCACCUUUCGACGAUUUGACACUGGCGAGGAAGUUGUCACGGUACGGGAGGAGCUUGCACAGAAAUUCAGAAACUCUCCGGUUCAAAGAGCCGAGUUUCUAGAUCUGCUUCUGGCUGCUGUGAGGGAGCGAGGUGCGGCAUCCUUGUUUACGAAGAAGUGUUGCAAGCACGUGAAGGUGUAUUUUCUCCACCCCUUUAACUCCUUUAUGCGGAGAACUAACUGUAGGCAGAGAUUUGACAAUCAUGUGACCAUUAUUGGAUGCGAUGGCAUCCAUUCUGCCUUGAGAUCCCAGUACGUCACUGACAGGCCAAUAUACAGUGGCAGGAUUGCCUGGAGGGGACCUGUUGAGGUGCAAAGUAUCGCAGAAGGGUGGCGUUUUCCGACCAAAUCUGUCCAGUGGAUGGCCCGAGACAGGCACUUUCUCGUCUUUCCAAUCAGUCAAAACAAAUUAUUGAAUGUGGUGGGGUUUGUCACCAAGGACCGGGUCGAAUUGGGAGAUCUCAAAGAAAGUUGGUCUUGCACAGGUAAACUUACAUCCACGCCGUCAAAAUGGCUUCUCAAUGAUCGAGAUCCGCUUGCAGAAUGGGUGUACGAGGACGGCCAAGUGGUAUUGGUGGGAGACUCCGCUCAUGCCAUGCUGCCAUACCAAGGUGCUGGUGCCGGUCAGGCGAUUGAAGAUGGUUACAUUCUUAGUCGCGCAAUGCAGGACUUCUUCAAAUCGUUACCCAGAGCUCAGAAGGUUCAAGAGACGACAAGAGAAGCUGGUGACAUCUACGAGAUGCAGUCGCCAGAUAUGAGAGGUCUCACAUUUGAUGAUUGUAUGCCAUUAGUAAAGGCGAGGAUUGAGAGUAGGAUGAAGUGGAUUUGGAUGGAGGAUAUAGAUGCCAUAUAUGACGCUGCAAGGAUCAAUUUGAGGGGUAGUAGCAUAAGCUAG